UUCAAUUAACCUCGAUGGACGCAGCUCGCCAAGGUUUGAAUCGCUCCACUGGUUGAAAUURUUCCGAUAAAGUGUAUUUGUAAGAACCUCACAAACAUCAAACAGCAAAUCAGGAUACAAUGGCUGGCUAAAAGGGUUUAUGAUUUAAAUAUGAACCAUGGCUGUUCAACAUUGGCUUUAAACUAGCUUGCGUGUAAUUGAUCACUGUAUCGCCAGUCAACAGAUCACCAACACUACUUUGGACCCAGUAUUUUCUCUUAUUAAAAUUAAUGGCUUUUUCUCUACGCCUUAAGCCUGUUGCUGGACAAGUAGUCACUCYGAUGCUAUGCUAACCGAUGCAUGAUUUUGCGAAACUGUACGUUGGAAAAACAGACAGUGUGUUUAGAUGUGAAGGAAUAUGGCUUCCAUUAUGUUCUACAAGAUUGGAAUACUCUUAUUUAUCGCGGUGAAGACCGUAUAUUAUAUAUCAGCUCAGCAAACUGAAAUUCGUGUCCCAAAAGUGGGUAAUGUAGUAAACGAAUUUAUAUGUCAAGGCAAGAGCAAAAACCUGUCCUGCUCCAACGAGACGGAGGUUAUGGUAAUCUACAGGGCGCAGUACGGCCGAGAGAAAGAAGGAAGAGUCAUUUGUCGUUAUGAUCCGUUCCUUAAGAAACAAGAUAAAGAUGAUCCGUUCCUUGAGAAACAAGAUAAAGAUGAUAAAGAUACGAAAUGUGGUCUUUUUGACGUUACCGAGGCAGUCAGCAAUCUUUGCCACAAGGAAAGCCUCUGUGACGUGCCCUCAAAAAAUGAGAUCCUUGGACGACCAUGUAAAGGAGUUUAUAAAUAUCUGGUAAUAAUGUAUGCUUGCGGUUUUCCGCACUAUGUAAGACUAAACGCAACGAGUAACACAACAGCAUUAGGUCCUAACGCAACCAGUAACGGAAGCAACGUGAUUACAUUGACAUCCAAACCGCCCACGAUGCUUAACGCAACAGUUAUUUUACCGGUUGUUACCGCAAUACGUAGACGAACUCCUCUCCCACGAAGUACGGCGAGUUACGUUACACCUUACGUAAGGGGAAAGCAGUCAAACGCGUUAGAAUUGGGAAUAUCUGGAAGGUUAUUAAUAUGGUUUCUUCAUUUCAGGGCAAAUGAGACAUCAUACGUGGCAGUUUUCGUCGUAGCAGCUCUUUGUGCAGUUGUUCUAUUCGGUAUCGUGUUUGGUCGAUGUUGGUACCUUAGACGAAGAACCAAAUCUCAAAACUUCGCCGUCCUUCAUAAACCCAAGCGAUUUUUUGACCCAACAAUGAACUACAAGCAGUCAAACGGCCAUGCAGGACGAAGAGCGUCACGUGAUCAGGCUAAUGAGGAGCUGUUGACAGAGAAGACCACGCCUAGUAAAACUGAGGUCGUGAUAACUCGUGCUGACGUCGAAACUACUCAACCAAGUCGACGACCAUCACGAAGUGAAGGAGAAAGCAGUCUAUCAAACAGAAGCAAACAAGUUACAACAAGCGUUGCAGAUGAAGGAGAUGGUAAUAAGCCAGACAAUUCAACAUUUUACGUGAAUCCAAUGUAUGACAAAAACCGCGCCGGCAAUACUAGUGCGUCAGCGUCAAAUAUCCACCCACGUGUACCCGCUACUCACCGAUUAAGCAAUGCUUCUGAGCCAGGCAAAAGUAGUACUAUGGGGUCCCCUGCUCGAUCAUUAAGUAAACAGCAAAUGAGAUGCAACAGCAUGGGUAACCUACCUCGAUCUCAUCACUCAUCGAUGCAGCGUAGACAUCCAAGCGCGGGUAACGUAGCAGCCAAUAAGGAUGGAUUAACUUUUGAACCGCUGACCUAUCCACCCAAGGGCUCACAACACUCACAACAAGGUCAUAUGUAUAACUCGCCGCAGUUACAACCCUACCAAAGUCAAGGCAGCUAUCAAGGACAAGGUCAAGGCGGUUAUCAAGGCCAGCCACCCGGGACUCAUAGACAACCACCCGGAACCCCUAGUCGAGCAGGGCCUGGGGGAUACCCUAAAAGCCCCAUAUCACCGAGGCCUGGUAUGAGCGGGCAACCAAUGGGAUCUCCUGCCAAAGCUCCUCAAAGAAAUCGUCCAAUGGGACCCGGAGGUGUCCCUUAUCAAUCCCCUGGACCCCCGGCAAUGAAAGGCACUCGACCAAAUAGCCCUUAUGAAUAUGGCACUACGGAGAAUACCCCUCGAGGAGACAUGGAUACCGGACGUCGUUAUCACGGUAACGAGGCGCCGCAAUGGGAAAGUAAUCCACAUGGAGAUCGAGUUGGAAUAACAGUUAAUCCAUCCCAAAGUUCCAACGGGCCUGCACAUUACCGCAGUAACGGUAGACUUCACAGACGAGAGAGCUACGAGAAUAUAAAACCAUUUGAUAAUCUACCAGAUCCCAUGCUUCACGAAGAAACUAAGCUCAACGGGAGAAACUACCAAGACCAACCCCCUGGGGGGGAGAACACAGUCGGCCGCCUCGACACGAUAAAAAUGUCGAUAUCUCAGAGGAUGGAAGCUCUGUUCACUUGAUGACAAAGGGAUGCUUGCAUACUAAUGAAAUCACUAACGUACCACGUGACUAACGUGACGUAACAAAGAAGGCCAGGUUCCUAACCUAAUGACGUAAUGUAACUAGACUAACCAAAUAAUGAUAGAAAGAAAAAUAGUCCGCAAUCAAGUUGGUCAGCGGUAGAUCAGAAAUUGAAUUCGUCAUAAUUAUAUAAAUCGGUAAAUCGAUUCUUGAUGUUAAUGUCAAUAGUUUUUCCAUUUCCUUGUUAUUAUAGUCCUUUCUAAUAUAAAAAAAACAAUUCUAAUCAACUGGGUCCAUUUUUGCUGACAUGAAAACGAGUCUGUUUUGUUCUUAAUUUUCAAAUAAUAAUAGCGACUAUGGCGGCACGGAAGAGUGCAACCCUCGUUUUCAUGCUUAGGUCCCAGUCCCUUUGUAAGUUAUAUGAACGAUGGGAGACUAGUAAUCAAGAAUAAAGUGAUUGGUGCAAAAAGUAAUUGUUUUAUCAGGAGAAUAUUCAUAUGGAUUAAUAAAACAGACUAAUAUCUCUUUGAUGAUAUAAAUAACCAAUUAAUUCAUUAACUCAUAAUUGAUAGUAACGUUUUUUUUAUCAAUAAAACAAUGUCGCUGAGCUCA